AUGUCGACGACGACGGAAUCGGCGAUCGUGCAGUCAGAAGAAGACGAGCUUUUCCGCGAAGGCUGCGCCUUCGAGGGGGCUGCGGUGGUUGCGCUGGUGAAAGAAGACGGGGGGAUCCACGUUGGCGGAGCGGAAGGCGGGGAAGGCGGAGAGGCCGGGGAGGGGAAAGCUAAGACUAUGGAAAUUAUGUUAGACGACGGCGUGCUGUUUACGUUGGAGCUCGAUUCUGGAGAGAAACGGCUAAUGGAGCUCGGAUACACGCAAGACCUGCAGCGGUCCAUGGUGCGACUCUAUAACGCCACGGCGUAUCUGAACGGCGGGCCGGUGUGCUGCGUGUGGUUCUGGUGGAUCACUGCCUUCUUUGCCCACCUGCUCGCCCUCUCCUUUGCUGAAAUCGCCUCCUCCUUCCCUACAGCUGGCUCGCUCUAUUUCUGGGCGGCUGCUCUCGCCGGCCCAAAGUACGGCCCCUUUGCAGCAUGGAUCACUGGCUGGUUGGAGUUCGUGGGGUUGUCAGUGGGGGUGGGCGGAGUGGCGUUUGGGGGAAUGAUGGGGGUGGGCGGAGUGGCGUUUGGGGGCAUCCAGCAGAUCAUGUCGCUCGUCCUGCUUGCCACAGGCGGCUCCAACAGUGGCGGAUACACCUUCCCGGACUACCUGCAGUUUCUAGCGUGUGUGGCGCUCAUUCUCAUGUGUGCAGCCAUCAACGUGCUUCCCAUCAAGCGCGUGGGGCAAGUGCUGGCAAUUGGAACGGUGCUGCAGAUCCUAGUGGCUUUCGUGUUUAUAAUUACUCUCCCUGCUGUUGCAAAGACACACCAGCCAGCAUCGUGGGUGUUCGGUCACUUUGAGGUGCAAUACAGCAUCACAGGCAUCCCCAACGGGGCCUACGCGGUGGUAGCCGGCCUCCUCAUGUCGCAAUACGCGCUCUACGCAUUCGAUGCAGCAGCGCACACGUCAGAAGAGGCGAAGCGGUCUGACGUAACGACUCCCUUUGCGAUGAUAGCUGCCCUCUCGGUCAUCUGCUUUGUGGAGUGGGGCGUCAUUGUGGCCCUCACAUUCUGCAUCCAGGACCCGGAGAACUUGCUUUCAAAGGACACGGUGACAGGCGGGGAUUUCACGGAGGUGCAGAUUCUCUGGGAUGUGUUCUAUGGCAGGUUCGGCAGUGGCGCGGGUGCAUGUGUCUUCCUGGGUCUCUUCUUCACCUCCUUCUUUUUCGCCACCAUCACUCUCAUCCUUGCUGCUGCCCGUGUGGGCUACGCCUUGUCUCGCGACCGCGGGCUCCCUUUAUCUUUUCUCUGGCGCCGAGUGAACUCCAGCAAGGUGCCGGUGAACGCCAUAGCGUGCACCAGCGCCAUCGCCAUUGUCUUCCUCAUGCCGCUGCUCGGAGGCUCGGUGGCCUACUUUGCCGUCACAGGCAUGGCCACCGUGGGGUGGUUCGGCGCUUACGGAGUGCCUGUGUUCUUUCGGAUCAUUCAGUCUGAUCAGGACUUUGCUCCGGGGCCUUUCUUUCUUCCCAACUACAUCGGGCACACGGGCGGCAAAUGCGUCCACAUCCUGGCUCUCACAUACGUAGUCUACACCAUGGUUGUCUUUGUUAUCCCGACCGAGUAUCCCGUAACGGCGGAGAAUUUCAACUAUGCUGCCGUUGGUAUUGUGGUGGUGGUGGCUGUGUUUCUUCUAUGGUGGUUUCUUGACGCUCACCGGUGGUUCAAAGGCCCGAAGAUUGCAAAGCAAGAGGACCAGGUGGAUGCAAAGCCGCAGGAGCAACAGGAGCAAUACCAGUCGCGUCAAAACGCGACUGCUCAUCGAGUGAAUCCCGACUCCACCCAUCAAGAAGCAGACGCGAAUGCCUCUCCCGAAUUUUCGCUGACAAUACCGACCCACUCACAGCCUGCUGACGUGGCGAUUGAGAAGUCUGGUGACGUGGCAACUGACGUGGCAGCUGACGUGGAAUCCGACUCGGACGAGGUUGUAAGCAAGGAAGCCGCGAUCGGCGGCACGCUGGCCGCGGGAGCAUUGAUAGUAAGCGUCGUCGCGUCACUUGCGCUUCUGGGAUAUUACUAUAAGGACGACAUUUCCAGCGCGAUUGACUACUUCACAACGUACAUCGAGGGAGCGGGAUCCGGGGGAUAUGUGACGUUCGUGCUAGGGUACUCGCUUCUCGAGGUGCUCGCGGUUCCGGCUAUUCCGCUGACGCUGUCCGCCGGUGUGCUGUUCGGCCCGGUCAUGGGCACGUUUCUCUGCAGUCUCUCCGGCACGAUCUCCGCCACAAUCGCGUUCCUGAUUGCGCGGUAUGUGGCGCGCGAUCGCAUUCAAGAUAUGGUGCGAGGCAACAAGAAGUACGAGGCGAUCGACCGCGCAGUGGGGAACAACUCGUUCCGCAUCGUCACUCUGCUGCGCCUCAGCCCCCUCAUGCCCUUCUCCCUCGGGAACUACUUUUACGGGCUCACUUCCGUGAAGCUUCUCCCAUACAUUUUCGGAACGUGGAUAGGCAUGCUGCCAGGCACGUGGGCGUAUGUCAGCGCCGGAUCCUUUGGCCGCUCCCUUUUGGAGGCGGAGAGUGGGAGCUCAUUGCUGGGCGACUCAUCGCUCUAUUCGCUGCUGGGUGGGGUGGCCCUCACAGCCUUUGCCGCCACUUAUAUCACCAAAAUCGUGCAGGAUGCUGUGAAGGAAGCGGAGUAG